UUGCUUUAUUUAUAAUGCACAAAAGCACAAUACAUUUUACCACGCCGAAUAACAGUAUAGAGUUGCCCACUGCUUCCUGAAAGUGCCGCAUUUUGAGGGGAAAACUGAACUGUCCGGUGCAUUAAAUAAACCUCAAAACGGGAGUUAACAACGUGACAGUUUUCUUUUAACAGACUGAAAAGCUUCCGCUCAGCUAAAGUGUGGAAAAAAAGUGACAAACCAUCCACAACUUGCAUCUUGACCACGUCAGGUUCAUCCCCAAAACGAUCAAUCUCCCAAAACUUUGUCUGGCACGUGCAGCCCGCAGACCUUGGAGGCUAGUGCGCAUGUGCGAAGGUGUCCGGAUUGACAAUGCUGGAGAGAUAGCGCGUCUGGGAUUGAGAAACCUAGAGGAAAAAAAAAACGUAGUAGAGAGGGGAAAACAGCAAAAAGGGAGAAAAGGGGAUCCGAGAAAAAAAAAAUCCAAACAAACCCACGCCGAAAGACUGGCACCAUGAGGUCCAAAGGCAGGGCACGGAAACUGGCCACAAAUGAUGGAGAUGACAAGUACGCUGGUCAACCUACUGACGUCUUAGAUGAUGCUUGUGGCUCAGAUGGUGAUCCUGUACCGUCUUCGGGCCCGGCAGAGGACCCGUCGUCCCUGUCGCUGUCUGAAGAAGAAGUGUCACCUCAUAGACCUGCAUCCAUCCAACAACAACAACCAACGAACAUAUUCUUACCUCAAGAAAACUUGACCAUUCCUCUGGACUUUGAAUUGCAACAGUCAGCUGUUCUAAGAGGUGCUCUUGGCAUCUGGAGUCGCAGGAGCCUUUACAUCGGUGAACGCUUUGGACCGUACCUUGGCGAGCGAACACUUUCUCUCAAAGACCCAACUCAAGGCUGGCAGAUCUUGGAUGGGUCAGGCCAUGUGAAAUAUUGUGUUGAUGCCAGUAAGCCAGAUAUCGGGAGCUGGCUGAAGUACAUCCAGUUUGCCCCCACUGCCAAGCAGCAUAACCUGACAGCCUGCCAGAUCGAUGAUCAGAUCUUCUACAAAGUCACUCGAGAUAUUUUCCCCGGUGAGGAGCUCCUACUUUUCAUGAAGGCAGAAGAGUAUUCAUGUGAUACUUCCAUGGCUCCUGAUAUUCACGAGGAGAGGCAGUACCGCUGUGAAGACUGUGACCAGCACUUUGAGUCCCGCAGCCAACUGCUGGACCACCAGAUGCAGCAGUGCGGGAUGCCCCCCUCAUCCUUCCAUGAUGCAGCAGAGGACAGUGACAUCAAUGCCCAGGAACCUCAAGACCUGCGACCUCUCCACAUGUCUCAUGACUUUCAUGAGUGUAAAGAGUGUGAUCAGGUCUUCCCGGAUAUCCAAAGCCUCGAGGCUCACAUUCUGUCCCACUCUGAGGAGAGAGAAUACAAGUGCGACCAAUGUCCCAAGGCUUUUAACUGGAAAUCAAACCUGAUCCGACACCAGAUGUCACAUGACAGUGGCAAGCACCAUGAAUGUGAAAACUGCUCAAAGCAGGUGUUCACAGACCCUAGUAACCUGCAGAGGCACAUCCGCUCGCAGCACGUCGGGGCGCGGGCCCACGCCUGCUCCGACUGUGGCAAGACGUUUGCAACGUCUUCGGGCCUAAAGCAGCAUAAGCACAUCCACAGCAGUGUCAAGCCCUUCAUGUGUAAGUCACUAAGACCCUACCUAUGUGAAGUGUGCCAUAAGUCCUACACCCAAUUCUCAAACCUGUGUCGUCACAAACGCAUGCACGCUGACUGCAGAACGCAGAUCAAGUGCAAGGACUGUGGGCAGAUGUUCAGCACCACCUCUUCCUUGAACAAGCAUCGACGCUUCUGUGAGGGAAAGAACCAUUUCACGACAGGAGGAAUAUUUGCUCAAAGUAUGCCACUCCCCGGCGGCCCUGGCUUGGACAAGUCAGCUUUGGCGAUGGGCCACAGCAGUGCCGGAUUGGUUGAUUACUUUGGAACGAGCCGCCAUCAUGGUGGGCUUACGUUCCCUGCCGCGCCAGCCUUCCCAUUCAGCUUCCCGGGUCUUUUCCCUUCUGGUAUCUAUCACCGCCCACCACUAAUUCCAGCCACUCAUUCGCCGGUUAGGCAACCCGCUCACGCUGCUGUUGCCGGGCACGGUGCAGAGCUCAGUAGGAAUCCACUGCUGCCACCUAGCCCUGGAGCUCAGGAGUCCAGAGAGCUCCUUAAGGCGCUUCGGAAGGACAACAGUGUUCCUGAAAGUCAGACCACAGCUUCAGACCUACGCAAUCAAAGCUCACUGUCCUCCACAAAGCAACGCAACAAGCAAAGUGACCAAUCUGAAAGCAGUGAUCUGGAUGAAGUCAGCACACCCAGUGGAAGCGAUCUAGAGAGUAUGUCAAGCUCCGAGCUCGAAAGUGAUAUGGACACUGAGCGAGAUAGGGGGGCUGUGCGGGAAAAUGGCAAAAGCCUCAAACUGAAGGCUCGUGAUGGAAGCCCCCAAAGUCUAAGCCUGACAAGCAGCGGUGCUGAUAAAAACUUUGCCGGACCUUCGCUUAUCCCUUCCUCACUGGACGAGCACACGGCCGUUACAGGGGCUGUAAAUGACUCUAUUAAGGCCAUUGCCUCCAUAGCUGAGAAGUACUUCGGCUCGACGGGCCUAGCUGGCCUGCAAGACAAAAAAGUCGGCUCACUGCCCUAUCCCUCGAUGUUCCCUUUACCUUUCUUCACAACUUUCUCUCCGCCAGUUUAUCCUGUUCAAGACAGAGAUGUCAGAGCUCACGUGCUGAAGAGUGGGCCGCAGUUGCAGGCAGACGAUUGCAAAAAGGCUCAGAGCAAAUCGUCAUCGGAGACACCGUUUGACCUCACCACCAAACGAAAAGAGAAAUCGCCCCCGUUUGAGCCUUCCAAACUCGAAGCCUCCCAGUUUACCGGUCAGGAUCAGCCUUUGGACCUCAGCCUAGGGACCAGGGGCCGUGGAUGCAGUGCAAGGGAAGAAGAGGAAAAAAUGUGUGAGGGUCAUCAAGAUGAGAAGGCAGUUUUGGUAACACCAAAGCCCGACUCCUCGUUACAACAUGCCAGGCCGACUCCUUUCUUCAUGGAUCCCAUCUACAGCAGGGUUGAGAAGAGGAGAAUGAGUGAUCCGUUUGAGACGCUGAAAGACAAGUACUUGCGGCAAGCUCCGGGCUUCCUUUUCCACCCUCAGUUUCGUUUGCCAGAUCAGAGCACUUGGAUGUCAGCUAUUGAGAACAUGGCUGAGAAGUUGGAAACUUUUGGCUCCUUGAAGCCAGACUCGGGCGAUCUGCUGCGCUCUGUCCCCUCCAUGUUUGACUUCAGGGCUCCACCUUCAGCGCUUCCGGAGACGCUGCUCCGCAAAGGCAAGGAGCGCUAUACAUGCAGAUAUUGUGGUAAAAUCUUCCCACGUUCUGCCAACUUGACGCGCCACCUUCGGACUCACACAGGGGAGCAACCUUAUAGAUGUAAAUACUGCGACCGCUCCUUCAGCAUCUCUUCCAACCUGCAACGGCAUAUUCGCAACAUCCACAACAAGGAGAAGCCCUUUAAGUGCCACUUGUGUGAUCGAUGCUUUGGUCAGCAAACCAACCUGGAUCGUCACCUCAAGAAGCACGAGAAUGGUAACCUGUCCGGCACCGCAAUGUCUUCGCCGCAGUCGGAACUCGACGGUAGCAGCGCCAUAUUGGACGACAAAGAAGACUCUUACUUCAAUGAAAUAAGAAAUUUCAUCGGCAACACGGGCCAAAGCCAAACAUCGCCGGACCCCUCUGAAGAAGGUGUCAAUGGCAACGCAUUUGAAGAAGAAAAAACUCUCCAGAUGGCCAGCCGUGGGUCACAUGACUUGGAAGACGAGGAAGCAGAGGAGCUUGCUGCUGAUGAAUAUGGGGAAGAGCCCAGCAACACCCUGCAUAAAUCCCAAGAGGAGAUGCCCAAUAGCGACAUUAGUGAUGACAUCAUACAAGAUGGAAUGGACUUCAGUCGGACAAAUGAAUCGAGCCAGAACUGUAAAAUCUCUCCGAUGAGGUAUAAGGACGAGGAAGAGCCGAGUGGCUACUCCGCAUUGGAUCAGAUCCGUCACUUUCCAGACAUCCACAAGCUUGAAGAGAGUGAGAUGAGCGAUGGGGAAGGUGAUGAAGAUGACCAAUCAUUUGCCUCUGCCUCGCUGGAUGACGCAGUCAAACAGCCCCUUUUUCGGAAAUCAAAGUCACAGGCAUACGCCAUGAUGUUGUCUCUGGCUGAAAAGGACUCUCUCCACCCCGCCACCCACACGCCGGCCUCCAUGUGGCACAGUCUGGCUCGGGCCGCUGCUGAGUCCAGCGCCCAUGUAUGAUGACACCUGCUUUUCACCUUUUACAUCCCCCAACCCCUGACUCAUGGAAUUGGGAACCCAUUGCCGGGCAUUCUUCCUGUCUGCAAAGCAGAAUCAGGGCCCUUCUGACUGCUGAGUGCAGCGCCUUGUACAAAAGCAGGGUCCUUGCAGACCCCAGCCCAGAAAACCUCAACUUCAAAAGAGAAAAAUAUCCCUCUGAGACCUUAAAAAUGGAUUUCCUUGUAUGGCACCUAACCAGGAUGACGCGAUUGUGGUGGAAAUAAUAAAUCUAAAGUAAUAAUAGUCAUAUUUAUUCUCUUCAUUUGCACACCAAAGGCAGCUGGGUGGACAUGGAAGAUGUGCUGAUGUAUCUUGGAUAGACUGCGUUCACUGCCCAGUUCACACAAAGUCGGGUGAAUAUAUGUCGUCGCUUGUGUCUCAAAGGCAAAGUAUGUAUCACUGUAACAAAAACACUGUCUCGAAUGACAUCAUGUAUAUUCAAACUGUAUUGCAAUUCAAAUCCCCGGGGUCCACGUGUUACUUUGAA